AAUUUUACUGCUCUCCUCCCUCUCUCUCUCUUCUGCCCCCUCGCUCUUUCUUCCCCAGUCAAUCAGGAGCAUUCAGAGCAGCGACCGACUGACAGGAGGAGAGAGAAGCAGCAUCCAGCAUCAGCAGCUCCGCAGGAGGGAUAGACGUUUAAAGAGAAGAGGACACUGCAACGCUUUACAUCACUCCAGAUCUGAGAGCCAACAGUGUAUCUGCGAAACCUGAGUUUAAAUGUUUUGCUUGCCGAUCUGAGUAGAAAAAAAUACGUUCUCAUUUACAGAACCAAUCAUCAUCCAUUGGUUUGGGGGUGUUCCUCCCUGUAAACAUGGCGUUAGUGUUGCCUUUCCUGCUUCUGCUUCUGCCAAGUCCUGCCCUCUCCAGCCAACAUCUGCAGACAGGAGCUCAUCGCGUCUCCAGAGACAUCAAACCCCAGCCUAUUAAACUUGUUAUUUCGGACACAUGUGCACAAGAUGGGGCCAAAGACAGAGAGCUAGACUUGGAUCCCGAUUCUCCUCUGGUCUUGACCCAUCGGAUCCGUCUGGUGCCAGGGUCAGGUUCAGCUUGUGGUCAGUGUGAGCUGGACUUCGCAGCCCUGCGUGAUCGCAUUGAAAGACUGGAGAAGGAAGUUUCGGAUCUGAGGGAGAAAUGUGGAGGUCCAGAAGGAUGCUGCAGCUCCCAGCAGAGCAAAGGUGCAGUCUGUACCACCGUUCGUCCCACAACUGACAAGUGUCCGGAUGACUGCAGUGACCAGGGUCGCUGUGUAGAUGGCAAAUGUGUCUGUUUCCCAGGAUUCAGCGGGCCUGACUGCAGUGUGCCUGACUGCCCUGAUGACUGCAGCAGCCAGGGCCAAUGUGUGAAUGGCCAGUGUGUGUGUGACCCAGGCUUUACUGGCCCAGACUGCUCCUCCAGCACAUGUCCUGAUAACUGCAGUGACAAGGGCCGCUGUGUGAACGGCAGGUGUGUGUGCGAUGCCGGCUUUACCGGGCCUAACUGCGGGACACCGGGCUGUCCAGAUAACUGUAACAAGCGGGGUCGCUGCGUGAACGGCCAGUGUGUGUGUGAUGCAGGGUUUACCGGGCCUAACUGCAGUACAAGGGGCUGUCCGGAUAACUGUAACAAGCGGGGUCGCUGCGUGAACGGCCAGUGUGUGUGUGAUGCAGGGUUUACCGGGCCUAACUGCGGUACAAGGGGCUGUCCGGAUAACUGUAACAAGCGGGGUCGCUGCGUGAACGGCCAGUGUGUGUGUGAUGCAGGGUUUACUGGGCCUAACUGUGGAACACGGGGGUGUCCGGCUAAUUGCAAUAAAAGGGGCCGCUGUGUGAAUAGAAAAUGUGUGUGCGACUCAGGAUUUGCUGGUCACGACUGCUCUGAGAUCUCCUGCCCAGGGAACUGUAAUGACAGGGGCCGAUGUGUGAAUGGACAGUGCGUGUGCGAUCCUGGCAUCUCUGGGUCGGACUGCUCUGUCAGAACAUGUCCAGAGAACUGCAACAAUCGUGGACAGUGUGUAAACGGCAAGUGUGUCUGUGAGAGCGGCUUUACGGGCCCCAACUGCUCGUCCAGAUCUUGUCCUGGAGACUGCAGUAACCAUGGCAGAUGCGUCGACGGCCGCUGUGUGUGUGAUAGCGGUUUUACAGGACCAGACUGCUCGGCCAAGGCUUGUCCCAAUGACUGCAGUAACAAAGGCAGAUGUGUGAAUGGGAAGUGUGUCUGUGAAGCAGGCUACUCCGGUCAGGACUGCUCCACCAAAACCUGCCCCAACAACUGCAAUAACAAGGGCCACUGUGUGAGGGGUCGCUGCGUGUGCCAGCGUGGUUUCACGGGGCCUGACUGCACCGAGUGUCAGUCGGGCUUCACAGGGGAAAACUGUGACACUGCACUGGCGGGCGUCUCGCGUCUCAACACCAGAGACAUCACUGAGUCAUCUGUCACUCUGUUCUGGACUCCACCUGCCGUGCAGUACGACACCUACCACAUAACCUUCACCAGCAGGAAAGAAACAGAUCAGAAAAUAAGCUCCAAAAUCAAUGGCAGACUGAGCACCUACACUCAGAUGGGACUGGCCGCUGGACAGGAGUAUACGGUCAGCAUCACUGGAGAGAAAGAUGGCAUUAUGGGAACAGAGAGCACAGCAGAAUUCACCACAUUGAUCUCUGGCCCAAAAGACUUGCAAGUUGUGAAGACAACCACUACAUCAGUCAUUGUCCAAUGGGAGAAAGCACAGGGGGAGAUUGACAGGUACGUCCUCACCAUUGCACCCAAUCAGACAGAUGGAUCAAGCAGACUUCCAGAGAUCAACCUGCUGCCAGAGAAAGAUUCAGCCCAGAUCAACAGUUUGGAGCCGGGCCGCUUGUAUGACAUCUCAUUAGUGGCAGAGAAAGAUAGCAUCCGGAGCCUGCCAACAACCACACAGGCAACCCCUGGCCCUGAGCCUCCAUCCAAUCUCGCCUUCAGCAAUGUGACCGACAGCUCUUUCACAGUGUCCUGGACCAAACCCAGGAGCAAGGUGUCUGGAUUCAAGAUCACGUACACUCACGUGCAAGAAGGUGAGCCGAACUCUGUCAGCGUGGACUCAGAAACGGUCCAUCUGUCCCUCUCGCCAGUGUCUCCUGGCUCCACCUAUGAGGUCCGUGUGAUGUCUCUACUCGGACAAGACGAAAGUGACUCUAUCCAGGACACUGUAACCACUUUGCCUGACCCACCAACAGACCUGAGGGCCAUAAACGUCACAGACAGUAAAGCGCUGCUCCUGUGGAGACCUGCGUUGGCUACCGUCGACCAUUAUGUCAUUGUGUAUAGUUCUGACACAGCACCUGGGCCUGGAAUCAGCAUCAGAGUGUCUGGCAACGCUGCUGAAGAGCAGCUGCAAGCACUGCAGUCCUCCACACGGUACAGAGUGAGUGUUCACAGCCAGCUGGGAGACCGGAGCAGCUCCAGAGCCACCACAGCCUUCACUACAUCCAGCGGUUAUUCUCAGUUUGCCACAAGUAAAAAGGUGGAUGGUCCUCGUGAUCUCAAAGCCGGUCAGGUUACGCCUCGUACCGCGGUUCUGUCUUGGAAAGCACCUGUAUCAGCCGUCAGCAGUUACAGGCUGAGCUAUUACACGGAUGGCCAGGACGUUCAGGAAGUAAUUCUUGGCCCCACGGUCAAGGAGUUCAAGUUAACCAGACUGUACCCAUCGUCAACAUACACAGCACACCUGCAGGCCGAGCGGGACGGUCUGUACAUGAGCACCAUCUCUACAGACUUCACCACCGGUUCCCCCUGUCACUCUGCUCUCUCUCUCUCAGGGAAUCUCCGGUUCCCGUUUCCCACUGACUGCUCGCAGGAGAAGAAGAACGGAGCGCUGGAGUCUGGUAUUGUGGAGGUGUUUCCACAGGGCCGCGAGGGAAAGCCGCUGAUGGUUUACUGUGACAUGGAGACCGAUGGAGGAGGAUGGACGGUUUUUCAGCGAAGAAAGGAUGGGAAGAUGAACUUCUUCAGGAGCUGGCAUGAAUAUAGUAAUGGAUUUGGAGCAAUGGAUGGGGAAUUCUGGCUCGGAAAUGAGAAGCUUCAUAACUUCACUAAGAUGAGUCCAAUGACACUGAGAGUAGACCUCAGAGCAGGAGAAGAGACUGUUUACGCACACUAUUCCUCAUUCUCCAUUGACAAUGCGAAAAAACACUACACCAUCAGAGUGUCUGGAUAUUCUGGCACAGCUGGUGACUCACUGACGUACCAUAAUGGAUGGCCGUUCUCCACGCGGGACAGAGACCCUCAGCCAUUCAUCACACGCUGUGCCAUGUCCUACAGAGGCGGCUGGUGGUAUAAGAACUGCCAUGAGGCCAAUCUUAAUGGCCUCUAUAACACAAACACCAAUCAACAGGGCGUGAUCUGGACGGAGUGGAAAGGCAAAGAUUUCUCCAUUCCCUUCACUGAGAUGAAAUUCCGCCCAGCCUCAUUCAGACCCUGAACACGAGGAUAAACAAAUUAGUGCAGAAGAGCUGGGAUGCCCUCCCAUUAUGGACAAAAACAUAAACAAACCAUCAUUGAAAAACAAGUAUCAUUACUGCACUUAUAACCACACAAUCAGGCUUCAUAACUACAUAUACACUCUUAAUCCAAUUGUCUUAUCUUUAGUCUAUAUGUAGUAUUGUACAGUGUUUGGAUUCUCUAUGCUCUGUGCAUUGUGACACCCCACAGCAGCUGGAAGAAAUUUUAUGCACUGCCUUCUCUACAAUGAAGCUGUUGACUAGGUGUCACAUAUACUGUAUCAGCUUGAACUAUUAAGAGUCUGAUGUUUGUAUUCAUAUUGCUUUGUAUGUACCAUAUUUCAGUGUCUUACAGAAAGAUUUCAUAAAAUAAAAAAGCUGUAAGUUGGUAUAUGUUAGUGUUUUAACAUUCUAUGGUUCUAUAAAAAUAUAUAUUUGAUAUAAAAAACAUGCUAACAUGA